GUUACAAAAUCAAUCAACAAAUAACUUUUAAUAUUAAUUAAAUGCACAACCCUAGAGUGUCUCUUCCCUUAUAUAUACACCUCCCUCCUAGUCACCCAAUUCAAUCAUAUUUCAAUUCUUUAGAAAACAAAAAUCAUGGAACAAAAUCUACCGGUUAUACCUAAAAAGGUUUGGAGUGUCCUACGUUUGUUCUACUACAUGCUACGCAAAGGCGUGUCCAAAAACAAGAUAUGGUUAGAUCUCAACAUGAUGAUGAAGCGUGCCAAGAUCGCGGGUAAGGCCUUGCAAAACCUCCUCUUCCACCACCACCACAAUUGGGCGACGUUUGCGGCUAACCGCCCUUCACACCAUCUCUCCAUUCCCUCUCCUCCGCCAGGCGAAUACGCCACCACUCCUUCCACUACUAACCACAAAUUCUCGCUAUUUUCUUACCAUAAGAAACACCAUAAGGACAACCAACCCAAGGUCGCGGAUAUUGACAUUGUGGCGGUGAUCAAGGCGAUGGAGAUGAUUCAUAGUGAGGCAACAUCUCCCGCACUCCCAGGGUUUGGGAGGAGUCCUAUGGUUAGGCAACUGAGAGUAACAGACUCUCCGUUUCCGUUGAGUAGUGUUGAUGAGGACAACCAUGUGGACGAGGAGGCCGAGCGAUUUAUUAUCCGGUUUUACCAUGAUCUGCAGCGGCAGAAGCAGAUUUGUGGUGGCGACACGCCGGUCUUAUGAUCUUUUGAUCAAUUGUUAGUUGUGCUUCUAAAAUAAGAAAAUGAAAAGAAAUUGUUGGCGUGAUGUUUAAAGAUAUAUUGUUGAAGGGUUAUAUGUGCCAAAAAAAAAAAAUAAAUGUAAACAAACUUGUUAAAAACAAUUGUAUGAUCGCCAAUGUAUUAUGCUUAUUUGUUUUGUACUUUAUUAAAACUGAUUUUUGUUUUUUCUUCUUUAA